AUGGUCACCGCCGUCCGGGUCGCCCCCUCGGCGGCCAGCAGAGCUCGCAAUCUGCUGCGCACCGUCCAAUACACUCAUCCUCCUUCAUGUCCCUGCCAUUCCAAUCCCAGCCACCAUCAUCACCAUCGCUCUCCCACACUGGCCGACCAUGUCCGCCGCCAUAUGGCCACUCCGGUGGACCCCUCUCGUCAGAAAGAAUACGCCUUCGAAAUGGCCGCCUCCAGCAUCCGUUUCGGUCCGGGAGCGACAAAGGAGGUCGGCAUGGACUUUGCCAACAUGAAGGCGAAGCGUGUUUGCAUUGUGACGGAUCAGACCGUCUCCAAGCUAGAUGCCAUGAAACAAGCGGUGGAAGGCCUGACGCGGGAGGGGAUCGAGUUCACCGUCUAUGACAAGGUUCGCGUGGAACCAAAGGACAGCUCUCGUAGUGUCAAAGAAGCAAUCGCUUUUGCUAAGCCUUACAAUCCCGACGCUUUCCUCGCCGUAGGCGGUGGAUCGGUUAUUGACACCGCCAAACUCAUGAAUCUCUACACCGUCUUUCCGGACGCCGAUUUCCUCGACUUUGUCAAUGCUCCGCUGGGUAAGGGUCUGCCGGUUGACCGGCCAUUGAAGCCCCUGGUGGCUGUGCCGACCACUGCCGGUACCGGUUCGGAAACUACAGGCACUGCCAUCUUUGAUCUGGUAUCCAAGAAGGCCAAGACCGGAAUUGCCCACCGCAACCUUAAGCCAACCCUGGGAAUCUGCGACCCUAUCAACACGCGCACCAUGCCUUCCGCUGUCCAUGCUUCCUCCGGUCUAGACGUGCUCUGCCAUUCGCUAGAGUCGUGGACGGCGAUCCCCUACAACGAACGGACGCCUCGUCCGACUAAUCCAAUCAACCGCCCCGCGUACCAGGGUGCGAACCCUAUUUCAGAUAUCUUCUCCCUGCAGGCGCUGAGGAGCACCGUCAAGUACCUCCCCCGGGCUGUCAGAGACCCUGAUGACUUUGAGGCACAGUCGCAAAUGCUUCUGGCCGCCACCCUGGCCGGCGUUGGGUUCGGUAAUGCAGGUGUUCAUCUCUGUCACGGCAUGAGCUAUCCGAUUUCCAGCCAGAACCCGGGAUACAAGCAUUCAGGCUAUGCAGUGGACCACCCGAUCAUUCCUCACGGUGUGUCGGUAGCAGUGACCGCGCCGGCCGUCUUCCGAUUCACCGCUGCCUCCAACCCGGACCGACAUUUGGCGGCCGCGGAGGCGUUCGGAGUGGACAUUUCGAACGUAAAGCGGGAGAGCGCGGGCGAGGUCUUGGGAGAGGCACUGGCCAACUUCCUGGUACAGCUUGGCGAUCAGCCUAGGGGCCUGAAGGACCUAGGAUUCAAGGCAGGGGAUAUCGACUCCCUGGUGGAGGGUACGAUCCCGCAGCAGCGGGUGUUGGCGCUCGCGCCGACGCUGAGCGGGGAGCUGGAGGCCGAGAAGGCCGAGCUGCGGGGUUUGCUGGAGGAAUCGAUGGAUUAUUAG